CACACCGUGUGCUAGAGAGGCAGAGUGGAGCGUAUGCAGAGGAGAAUGGGCAGGUCUCUGAGUCCGAGGGAGAGAGAGGCAGAGAGAUACACACUCUCCUCUCACCAAGAAUAACAGAAGAGAGAGAGAGUGAGGGAAGGAGGGAAGACAGGACUGGGACGACUCACACACUCUGUCUCACAGACAGACGCUAGCUCGCGUGAGCUGCUUCCAGGCUGGACGGGAAUAGACGGUCUCCCUCUACACACACAGACACACACACUGAGGGUCGUGCCAUGGUGGUCCAGGAGGCUGUAACCCCGGGUAGGGCCCGCAGACUCAUGCUCAAACUACCCGUGGGAACAUUACGACGGAACAGUGGAGAGAGGAUGACAGAGGGGAGGCGAUGUCAGGUCCAUCUCCUGGACGACAGGAAGCUGGAGCUCCUCGUACAGCCCAAGUUGAUGGCCAAGGACCUGUUAGAUCUGGUGGCCUCCCACUUCAACCUGAAGGAGAAGGAAUACUUUGGGAUCUCCUACACAGACGAAACGGGUCAUUUCAGCUGGCUGCAGUUGGACCGGAGGGUUCUAGAACACGAGUUCCCCAAGAAGUCUGGACCCAUCGUCCUAUACUUCUGUGUCAGGUUUUACAUAGAGAGUAUUUCCUACCUGAAGGACAAUGCUACUAUCGAACUCUUCUUCCUCAAUGCUAAGUCCUGCAUAUACAAGGAGCUCAUUGAGGUGGACAGUGAGGUGGUCUUUGAGCUGGCCUCCUAUAUCCUACAGGAGGCUAAAGGUGACUUCAUCAGUAAUGACGUGACAAGGUCAGACCUGAAGAAGCUUCCAGCUUUGCCGACUCAGGCCCUGAAGGAACACCCAUCUCUGGCCUACUGUGAGGACCGGGUGAUAGAACACUACAAGAAGCUCAAUGGACAGUCCAGAGGGCAGGCCAUAGUCAAUUAUAUGAGCAUCGCUGAGUCGCUACCUACAUAUGGAGUACAUUACUACACUGUUAAGGAUAAGCAGGGAAUUCCGUGGUGGCUGGGACUGAGUUAUAAAGGAAUCUUCCAGUAUGACUACCAAGACAAGGUCAAACCCAGGAAGGUGUUCCAAUGGCGUCAGCUGGAGAACCUCUACUUCAGAGAGAAGAAGUUCUCAGUGGAAGUUCACGACCCCAGGAGUAGGGCGUCGGUGACCAGAAGGACGUUUGGCCACAGUGGUAUAGCUGUCCACACCUGGUACGCCUGCCCUGCUCUCAUUAAGUCUAUCUGGGCCAUGGCCAUCAGCCAACACCAGUUCUACCUGGACCGCAAGCAGAGCAAGUCUAAGAUCCAUGCGGCUCGUAGUCUCAGUGAGAUAGCCAUCGACCUGACAGAGACUGGCACUCUGAAGACAUCUAAACUGGCCAACAUGGGCAGCAAGGGCAAGAUCAUCAGUGGCAGCUCUGGCAGUCUGCUCUCCUCAGGUUCCCAGGAGUCGGACAGUUCUCAGACAGCUAAGAAAGACAUGCUGGCAGCCCUGAGGGCCAGACAGGAGGCUCUGGAGGAGACUCUCAAACAAAGAUUAGAGGACCUCAAGAACAUCUGUAUCAGAGAGGCGGAAUUGACAGGGAAGCUGCCUAAGGAGUAUCCAUUGGAUCCAGGGGAGGAGCCUCCGACGGUCAGAAGGAAGAUUGGCACUGCCUUCAAACUGGACGAACACAAGAUCCAGCCGAAAGGAGAGGAGGAGGAGCUAGAGCGUCUAGAAAGGGAGUUUGCCAUCCAAUCCCAGAUCACGGAGGCUGCGAGGCGUCUGGCCAGCGAUCCGCACGUGAGCAGUAAGAAGCUGAAAAAACAGAGGAAGACGUCGUACCUGAAUGCGCUGAAGAAACUCCAGGAGAUAGAGAACGCCAUCAACGAACACCGUGUCCGCUCUGGGAAGAAACCCACGCAACGCGCUUCGCUUAUCAUAGAGGAGGCCAACAUCGGCUCAGAGGACAGCUCUCUGUCUGACGCUCUGGUCCUAGACGACGAUGACCCCCAGAUGACAGGGACCCCCACCUUCUCUCCGGCAGCGUCUCCCCAUAAGGGCCUCCCUCCCCGGCCUCCCUCCCACAGCCGGCCCCCUCCCCCCCAGUCUCUAGAUGGCCUCAGCCACCUGCACUACUCCCACUCCGAAUACGACAAGUCCCCCAUCAAACCCAAGAUGUGGAGCGAGUCCUCGCUGGACGAACCCUAUGAGAGGGUCAAGAAACGCUCUUCACACUCCAAUCACAGGCGGUUACCCGGCUCUGGUAGUUGUGCGGAGGCAGGAGGCAGUAACUCUCUGCAGAGUAGCCCCAUCAGGAGUGUUCCUCACUGGAGCCCCCAGUCCAGCAUGCCCUCCACCCCCGACCUGAGGACCAGGACACCUCACUACGUACACUCCACCAGGUCUGUGGACAUCAGUCCCACCCAUCUUCACAGUCUGGUUCAGCACUUUAGGAACCGCAGCUCCAGCCUGGAAUCUCAGGGCAAGCUGCUGGCCUCUGACCCCGACACACACACUCACACACACACCCUGGGAGCCCCGGGCAGCCCAGACAUCUUCCUGGCCCCGGGGACUCGCAGCUCCAAUGGCUCUGACCCGCUGGACGACUGUUCGUCCUGUACCUCCCAGAGCAGCUCAGAACACUACUAUCCUGGGGUAGCUCCAGGCUCCAACCCAAACUACUCCACCCUAGGAGAGGACUCCCCUUCCAAAGCCAGGCAGAGACAGAGACAGAGACAGAGGCACAGGUCUGCAGGUCACCUUGGUUCCUCUAACUCUGGCUCCAUGCCCAACCUUGCAGCCAAGAACGGUUCAGGGUGCGGUGGUACGGGGGGGGCAGGGACUGGGUCAGGGCAGCACGGGGUGUACCUCCACAGCCAGAGCCAGCCCUCGUCCCAGUACCGGAUUAAAGAGUACCCCCUGUACGUAGAGGGCAGCCCCAACCCGGUGGUGGUGCGCAGCCUGGAGAGUGACCAGGAGGGCCACUACAGCGUCAAGGCCCAGUUCAAAACAUCCAGCUCCUACACAGCCGGGGGCCUCUACAAGGAGACCUGGGGGGGCGAGGAGGGGGGAGAGGGGAGCAGCAGACUCACCCCGUCCCGCUCCCAGAUCGUACGGACUCCCUCACUGGGUCGAGAGGGGGGAGGAGGGGGGAGGGCGGUGGUGACAGAUGAGUUGAGGUGUUGGUACCAGCGCUCUACGGGCAGUGUAAAGGAGAGGAGUCACUCCGGCUCCAACACGUCGGACAGCGGCUCGCUGCAAGGCACACUGGGACUCGGACGAGGGAGCAGGGUGGGGACGCUCGCCAAGGGAUCACCAGCGUCCCCUCACAGCCCGAGGAGUGGGACUCCCUCUAGUGAACAGGCCGCAACACCCACGCCCCCCUGCAGCCCACAACACAUCCUCAACUGGCAGAGCGGGUCAUUCAAUGAUAGUUGUUUUCUCAGCAGUCCUCUGUGUUCAGAGCUGGCAGAUGUCCAGUGGUACGGACACGACAAGGCCAAACCUGGAACCCUGGUCUGACCUACUGACCACCACCCAACACCUACUGACCCUCAACACUGACCCUUACUGCCUCCACCAACCUCUCCUCUAGCCCUGACUAGACUGGCCUCAUCAUGGACAGGAAACCCUCCAUCCCUCCCUUUGUCCAUCUUUCCCUUUAUCAUUUGAUGUGCAUAUCAAGCUUGGUUGAGCUGGGGUUUAUAGGAAGGACAUACCCAACUGGGCAGGACUAUUGCUGUGGAACAGCCAAACAGAGCCGCUGAAUGAUCGUGAACUCUGACCUUUAAUCCCUGACCCUGCUUCAGUCUGAGCCCCAGGGAGACCAGGAGUGGGAAAGGGGGGAGGUGGGGGGGAAAGAGCACACACACAACCUCCUGCCCAGACUACACGACCCUCAGGCCCUGACUUAUAUCUACCCCUGACCCCAGUGUGUUGCCAGUCAAUCAGAGGAUACCUGCAAGAUGAAAUGUGUUUUGGCUCAAAUUCUGGGCCUGUGUGUGUACGCUGGAUCUGCUAGGUUAAUUUAAUUGUUGAAGUCUUUGUUUAUUUCUCUGUAUCGUUUUGUACAAAAAAAUGAAAAUAUUGCUUGGGAGAGACUCAAUUACUUUUUCACCCUUUAGGAAAAUUGCAGAGCAGAUUAUUGGAGAAUUCUAGAUCAUCUGAAAGACAAAAGACAAACGUACAAACAUUCCCAACAAUUAUAAUCCCAAUCCCAACUAUCUAUCCCACAACCAAAGAUCCACCUGACUGACCAAUGGCACCAGUCCCAUGGACACACUGGGAACACUGGUUUAUCAUACUGGAAGUUACACCCCACAUACUGGGAGUUCUCAGAGGAACUGAAAGACUGGUCAAUUCUACUGGGAUCCUGCUGGGAGUUCUGAGCACAUCUAUUGGGAUGUCAGUCAUCUGAAUUGGGAGUGUACAACAGCCAGCCAGACUGAUCGACUAGUCUCUGGUACUGGGACGAUCCACACUGCUACUGAGCAGUGAGCUCCUAGACUUGGAUGUUUUGCCACUAUGCUGGGGCACUGUGCUCAGCUGUACUGGGAGAUUAUGGGCGGACUGGGGGCCCUGCACAGCCAGACCCCAGACAGACAGGGACAGACUGGGGGCCCUGCACAGCCAGACCAGAGACAGACAGGGACGGAAUGGGGGCCCUACACAGCCAGACCAGAGACAGACAGGGACAGACUGGGGGCCACAGACACUUCUUCAGGGUUUGGGUCCUGGAGAGCCAGAAUAUGCUAGGAAUCUCUUGCUUAAAGCUAAUGUCUUGAGUUUGGGUGAAACUGUAGCUAUGUGUGUAGUAGUUUUGGGUUGAAUUGGAAUUAAGACCACAUGUAGUUUUGUGGGUUUAUAUCCAAACAUAUCUACAGGCUUUCGGUGGUCUAUUUCAUCUGGCUCCUCCCCUUCAUUUGACUUUCUGGUGAGAGGUGAACGCUGAUUGGAUGUUUAGGGCUGUGUGGAGCUGUCAAUCAAACAGUUGUAGCGAAGGGCACACACCUCCCUCACUGUCGAGCUGUGCAUAUGAUGAGAUUGGUGAGAUACUAAACACUUCUCCAUGCGUUGUGACAUCAUAUACCUGACUGUCUGUGCAGUCCUGUGUUAAAAACGGGAUGCAACCCAUGUUUAAGGACCAGUCUGUCUGUGUGACGUCAAUCUGUCAGUCUGUCUGUCUGUCCAACCCCAAGAUUGGUCAUUGUCUCAGACACCAGUGUAUUAUAUUUGUGGGUUCAUAUUUAGAUAAAGCAUGAGACCUGUAAACUCCAGAGGGUCCUCAUUUGUACAGGUCAUUAUCUCAGGCUAUACUCUCUCUGCCUAAUAUCUAUCAACCGGUCAGAACACACACACAUCUUGUGUGUGGACUCACUCACACACAUUAUUUUCUCAGUGGUGCCAUCUAUGUCUGUACUCUAACCCAGCACUGAAGACCAGGGGCGCUACUUUCACUGGGGGGGACACGGGGGGGACACAUUCUGAAAUUCCAUUUGUCACAGUUUUAUCAUUGGAAUGUGAUACAAAACUAGGCAAGGGUGUGCUUUAGGACCAUGCGGACGCCUUCGAGCGGUCGGGUAGACUGUUUGGAAUGUUAAUAAUAAUAAUAAUAUGUCCCCCCCACUUCUUAAACCAAAGUCGCGCCCCUGCUGAAAACAGCCGCUCACUAAAACUACAAACCAUAUAACUACAAAUCCCACAGGGCCCAGUUCCUAGUCUAGCAGAGGAAGUGUCUGCUGUAUAGAGAAAGUGUCUGCUGUAUAGAGAUCCUGCUUCCCAGAGCCAAAUGAACAGCAGGAAGAGGUUUAUACACCAAUCAGAGAGAUGUUAAGUAUUCAAUCUAAGUUUUGAUACCAGAGCUCAACAUACACAGUUAAACACAAUAUAUGAAAACUAUGGGCUCCCGAGUGGCGCGGCGGUCUAAGACACUGCAUCUCAGUGCAAGAGGUGUCGCUACAGUCCCUGGUUUGAAUCCAGGCUGUAUCACAUCCGGCCAUGAUUGGGAGUUCCAUAGGGUGGUGCACAAUUGGCCCGGGGUAGGCCGUCAUUGUAAAUAAGAAUUUCUUCUUAACUGACUUGCCUAGUUGUUUUAUAUAUAAACUAUAGGCCUAUAAUAUACAGAACCAGUUUUCAUCUAGUUCUCCUUCUGACUUUUUGAUACAUAUAAGGGGAUUAAGAACAUCUGCAUAACAACACAUUCAUGGUGUAAGAGUAAAUCCAGACUUAAUAUAAAAAACACACACACAUCUAGUAUCGAAAUAAUGUCAUACCAGAAUCAAACAGGGUGUUUAUAUUAUUGUGCUUCUAUUACUACACUGAACAAAAAUAUAAAUACAACAUGUAAAGUGUUGGUUCCUUGUUUCAUGAGCUGAAAUAAAAGAUCCCAGAAAUGUUCCAUAUGCACA